UUGAGGGAGGAUGUGGCAGGACUAGUGAGCUUGUAUGAGGCUACACACCAUAGAAUGGAUGGUGAAGAUGACUUCGAAGAAGCCUAUAGUUUCAGCACAAGACACCUAAACUCAUCAUUAGGGAAGAUGGGGAUUGAACUUGGUGAGCAAGUGAAACAGUCACUGGAAAUCCCACUCCAUUGGAGGAUGCCAAGGUUAGAAGCAAGGAACUCCAUUGAUCUCUGUCUCAUGGAGGAUUCAAUGCCCUCUGUUUUGCUCAAGUUUGCAAAGUUGGAUUACAAUCUAGUGCAAUCAGUACACCAGCAAGAAGUCCAAGAAUUAUCAAAGUGGUGGAGAGACUUGGGUUUCAAAGAAAAGCUUGAGUUUUCAAGAGAUCGUUUGAUGGAGAAUUAUUUGUGGGCAAUGGGAAUUGUUUUCGAGUCCCAGUUCUCCAAAUGCAGGAAAUGCCUUACUAAAUUUGUCUGCAUACUAACAGCCAUUGAUGACAUGUAUGAUAUAUACGGAUCGCUAGAUGAGCUUGAACUUUUUACUGAUGCAGUCAAUCGAUGGGACCUUAAGGCCAUGGAGGAGCUCCCAGAGUACAUGAAGAUAUGUUACUUGGCUAUGUUCAACUUUGGAAAUGAAAUUGCAUAUGAUGUUCUGAAAAACCAUGGCUUGGAUGUUCUGUCCUACAUUAAGGAACAGUGGACAAAUCUUUGUAGAUCAUAUUUAGUAGAAGCAAGGUGGUUCUACAGUGGGUACACUCCAACAUUGGAUGAGUACUUGGACAAUUCGUGGACUUCUGUGGGUGGCCCUGCAGCAAUAACCCAUGCUUACCUGAUGCUAGGGUUCCCCCUAGCUCUAGAUUCUCUUGAUGGAUUGAAGAUUAAUUCUCUUGAUGGAUUGAAGAUUAGUUCUGAUGCAAUUUACUGGGCAUCUCUCAUUACCCGACUAAGCGAUGAUUUGGGCACUUCCAAGGAUGAGAUUGAGCGAGGGGAUGUGGCCAAAUCCAUACAUUGUUGCAUGAUCAAGGAAGGAGUUUCAGAAGAAGAAGCACGAGAUCGCAUUAAGGCCCUAAAAAGCUUUUCAUGGAAGAAACUUAAUGAGGCAUCUGCUAAGAUUAAUCACCGUCAUCACCCUGCUAGGUCCAUAGUAACUAUGCCAUUAAACAUGGCCAGGACUGCACAAAGCAUAUUUCAGCAUGGUGAUGGCAUUGGUACUUCAAUUGGGAUCACAAAAGAUCGCUUGACCUCUUUGAUUGUCAAACCCAUUCCAAUUCCAAUCCAACAUGCAUAAAUCACCAAGCAAUGUUACAAGAACCCAAUCUUUUACUAGUGGCCAUGUAAUUUGUGAGAUUAGUUAAUUAUGAACAUAUUUUAUCAUUGGCAAUUUCAAGAUUUUUCCAAAACUUGUGUGCAUGAGAGA